UCUAUUCAUGUCUAUAUUUAUCACGGACAGAAAUGUCGUAUUCGUCUUCAUUGUCUGGUUUUGUAAUACCAAUCAUUAAUAGUCAGCCUAAAUCGUAUUUAAGUAGUGUAAACACAAAUAUUUUUAUCGAAUCGGAAAGCAAACGAAUGUGCGAAGGAAAAAACGAUAAUUCAAGAAAUUUACUAAUUAUUGGUUACAAUAGUGAAAAAUACGAAGAAUACGAAAAGGAAUACAAAACAAUGGGAUCUGCAGAAACUACUCACCUUUUUUGUGACAAAUCGAUUUAUGAGGCUGUACAAUUUGGCGGAUCCAAACAGAAAAAAGACACAGAAUUAGCGAGCGAUAAUUUUAAAUAUUAUACAAUUGAUCCAAUAUGUAUGAACAUUCGUCUCUGCAUAUUUUGGUUUUUAUGGGCAAUGUUAAUAGUAGUAAUUAUUAUAUCCAUUUUAUCUCAUUGCUGCUUCAUUUCAAAAAUAUGUCACAAUACCGAGGAUAUAGUUAUUGUAAAUGUAACAAAUACAUAAACUUUCCAAAAUUUGAAUUAAUAUAAUAU